AUGAAAGUUCUAUCAGCAUGCAAUUUGUGUUCAGUGGGAGUGCCAACUCACAGAAGAAGAAGCUGUGUUCUCAGCCGCCGUGAGAUUUGCUUUGAUGGGAUGUCCUCUGUCUGCUCUUACUCCCAACACUCCCCAAACGAGACCGUUUCACACAUCAGCAAUGUUCGAGUUCAAGAUGAAACUUUAGAUUUUGGUGCAAUGCUGGGGAAGGUUGUUCUAUCUCCCACACGACGUGUGUUAGUGGCGAGUUUAACUAUGUUUUCCUGUUUUUGUUCUUCAAGGUACUUGUCAGCCCUAGCAUUGGGAGAUCCAUCAGUAACACUUGACGAAGUAACCCCUCCUGUGUUUUCUUCUGGGCCACUCUUUCCCAUAGAGGAUCGAAUUGUCCAACUAUUUGAAAGAAACACAUAUUCUGUUGUUAACAUAUUUGAUGUGACAUUACGUCCUCAGCUUAAUGUGACUGGUGUGGUCGAGAUUCCUGAAGGAAAUGGUUCUGGAGUUGUGUGGGAUGAGGAGGGCCACAUUGUGACAAAUUAUCAUGUAAUUGGCAAUGCCCUUUCAAGAAACCCAAAGGCUGGUGAGGUGGUUGCCCGAGUUAAUAUUCUAGCAUCAGAAGGGUUACAAAAGAAUUUUGAAGGUAAACUUGUUGGAGCUGACCGUUUAAAGGAUCUUGCUGUCUUGAAGGUAGAUGCCCCUAAAGAUAUUUUAAGGCCUAUCAAGGUGGGACAAUCAUCAUCUCUAAAAGUUGGGCAGCAAUGUUUGGCAAUUGGAAAUCCAUUUGGUUUCGAUCACACCCUCACAGUUGGGGUUAUAAGUGGACUUAACCGAGACAUCUUUAGUCAAACUGGGGUAACAAUUGGCGGUGGUGUUCAAACUGAUGCAGCAAUAAAUCCUGGGAACAGUGGAGGCCCCCUUCUCAAUUCGAAAGGAAGCUUAAUUGGGAUUAAUACUGCAAUAUUUACUCGGACAGGAACAUCAGCUGGUGUAGGAUUUGCGAUCCCAUCUUCAACUGUAUUGCGAAUUGUUCCACAGCUCAUUCAAUUCGGAAAAGUUGUUAGAGCUGGUUUAAACGUGGAUGUUGCACCAGACUUAAUUGCGAACCAACUUAAUGUUCGAAAUGGAGCUCUUGUUCUUCUGGUCCCUGCAAAUAGUCUUGCUGCCAAAGCUGGGCUGAAUCCCACCACAAGGGGAUUUGCUGGAAAUAUAGUCCUUGGAGAUAUCAUUGUUGCAGUUAACAAUAAGCCUGUCAAGAACAAAGCAGAGUUGUUGAAAACAUUGGAUGAGUAUAAUGUAGGAGAUAAAGUGGUCUUGAUGAUUCAGAGGGGGAGUGAAAAGUUGGAGCUGCCAGUUGUACUUGAGGAACAAAGUUCUUGA